AUGCUACGCCCAUCUAAUCCUGAUCUUCAUCUGCGUCACUUGGAACAUGAGAUCAAGUAUAAUGAAACUAUAACUUUCCUUGCCACUUGGGCACAUAUAGAUGCUCACUAUACUUUUUGUAAAGAGAUGGGUCACAAGAAAGAAGCUUGCAUCAAGAGACUCAAAGAAACCCGCACCUGCUUCUGCUGUAGUAAGACCACACACGGCCCAGGUGCCAUUCCAGAUAUUCUUCUUGCCAAUUAUUCUGAUUUCCUGAUAGAAGCAGUAGCUAGUACUGGCAUGGAUGACCACAUCCAAUUGGUUAAGACCAGUGAUGACAAACUUGGUAAUGAAGAGACGAAGAAAAGCAAUGAUGAGGAAUACUACAGUGACAAUGACAUCGAUGAGGUUGCCAAGUGUUUUGCUCAAAUAAAAGAUGAUUCCAUGAAUGGUAAAAAUGAUGGUGGACAAGAUCCUUCAAAUCUAGCUCUUACUUUAUGA